AUGGGCUGCUCUCCAUCACGGGGAAACAAUUUCAAUGCAGCACAGGGACUAUUAAGAAGAGGGAGAACUCUACUACCAGUAACCCAAGAAAGCCCAGGAGAAUCACAGUCUGAUGAUGGGGGAAGUAGAGGAUCUGGAGGAGGGGAAAAAGAUAAAGACAACUCAACAGCUUGGAACAACACAAGUUCCACUUUGUUAGGGAGGAAAUUCUCUACAGGUGAGCAAGAAACUGCUGGGGUUGCUUCUGCCAAACUUGGUACACAAGAGAUUACCAUCAAUAUAUUAUCUAAAGAGAGGGAAAGACAAGAAGAAAAACAAGAGGCUUGUGAGAAAAAGGCUGUGAAAAAGUCUAAGAAAGGUUUAACAAAACUGAACAAGAAGAAAGGCAAGGAAAGAUGUUGUAUUGAAGAAAAAGUAGACUUUCCAGAUCCACUGGUGAAAGCUCAUCAAGCAGCGUAUGCAUAUCUCAAUCCCAGUAUAAAUACAUAUGAAGACCUGUUAGAGAUACUUGAUCAUGCAGCUCAGACCCAAAUCUCCUUGCAUCCCAUGUUGGCGUUCUUGGUCCUACGCUAUGAAGAGAUAAAUAAAGGGCUGCAGGAAAUAGUAGAAGAGGGAGAGAAGAUGUUAAAAGAAAAUGGACAAAAUCUGGCUUGGCCUUGCCAAAAAAAUAAAUUAUCUUCACCCAGCUCAGCAAAAAAUUUAACAUCUUCCAUCUCAAAUGAGCCCCCACCAGACCUGCUACAACAACUCCUCCAGUACACUGUCCAGAGGAUGCGGCAAGUGGGUCAAUUGGUUUGUGGAAUCGAUGAUACUGCACUUGAGGAGGCUGUAGAUUAUAUUUCCUCCAUUUCUGAAAUUCUUGAAAAGAAGCUCAGGACAAAGCGUGCAUCAGAGUGUAGAUUAAUGCAGUUGCUGUCUCAGAUUGAGGCUGCCUCACUGAGAAAGUCUGGUCCAGAAGACUCUGUGCUGUUUAGUGAAGACAGUGGUAUUGGUGCAGAAAUUGAAUCACUGGUAGGUUCAGACAGACGACACCAGCACAGAGAAUGUUCUGAGUCAACUGGAACCAUUUGUGCUACGGCAUGUAGCCCCUCUGGUUUUAUACCAGUUGACCAAGCCUCAUACAGAGGCCGACUUCUCAGAACAAUAAGCAACAGCAGCUCUCUUAACUCUAUAGACUCAAUUUGCACUAUUACAGCAAAGGAAAAUAGGGAUAUGGAAUCACUGCUUAGCUCUGUCUCCUUGGAUGAAGGUGAAGGGGAGGAUGCGGAGGAUGGAAGAAAAGAUGAAAAAUGUAAGGAUAAAUGGAGAACACAAUCAAACCCUUCUACUCCAGACCUUAGACAGCAACCACAUUGCCUGCUAACAAAGCGCAUAGAGAAUCCACAAAAUGUAGAAAUGACUUUAAAGUUGAAAGAUGCCAUCAGUGGCCGGGGUAAGUUUUUGCCAUCCCAAAGCUCUGGAGUAAAGACAAAACAGACUGAGAGCUCAAAGGGCUGUAGUCACCAGUGGACUGAGGAUAUUGAGAAAAGUUCUAGAAGACCACAAACAGCUGCCACAAGAAUGCCAAAGAAAAAGAUCACAGUUACUAAAGAGAGCCGAUCAAGAUCAGCAGAUUAUCUGCGUAGCAAAUCAGAAGAUCCUACACUCAUCGAACUUGAGAGAACUCAAAAAGAACUGAACCAAAGGUUGGAGAGGAUGACCAAGGUUAAGUGUGAAGGACAUACAAAGCAAGAUUCAUCCAAGCAAAUCCAACAGCAGCCAACACAAGCCAUUUCAUUUGUAGACACCAACAGGCAGCGUUCUUUGAACAUAAACAUUUUUUCUCUGAAUAAUCAAAGAAAGGUAAGCAAUGCAAAAGUAUAUUUAGGGGAACAAGGGGAUGUUAAGGAAGAAAUUGAUGAAGAAAAGAAAAAGGAUAAAGAGAAGAAAAAAGAAAAUGGAAAAGACAAAGACAAGAAAGUUCUUAAGGGGCCUGUUAAGGCAGCACCUACACCAAGCCCACCAACAUCACCCCGCCAAUCCUCAGGGUUUUGUAGGGGGAGGAAUUCUGUUAAAAAAUUGAUUGACUCCUUCAGUCUGGGUGUGGAGGAAAGUAAACAGAUGACAGAGAGUGCAAAAGUUCUUGGACCUCUUAAAAGUGUUAGAAAAUGUGGUGUUCCCAUCAUUCCAGGUUUAGGUACCUCUAGCACAAUAGUAUUCAAUGUCAAUAAUUUUGUUAGUGGUCGAGGGGAGUCACAAUGCUCUGAAAGGACAGAAGAUCUUGACAUUGACAAUUUACCACCCCCUCCGCUUGAGGUUCUCAUGGACAAUUCCUUUGAAAACAUACAAACAAAGGACACAGAGGAAAAUAAUACAAGCAGGGGCCGAUCCACUCUGCCAAAAAGGACAGCAAUGUCUCAGAGGCUACGAGCCUCUUUGCAGUCUGUAUCAGUGCUACCUAGUAGGGGAAAUUUGCAUAAGGGCUCAGUCAGCAUGUCACCAGCCCGUUCCUUACACCAGGAUACCAGAAGACUUAGGAAGGGUGGUCCCCAUGAUUCCAGUCACAAAAUAGACACAGAAAACGAGAAGGCUGCCUCCCUCUACAAACAAGCCAGAAAAAUUAUUCACUUGAGACAUUCUUCUAACUCUCCAACAGAGAAACGAACAGUUGAGCAGGACCAAAGUAACCUUUCUUCCUGCUCAAGUGAUGUAGAGGUUAAACAGGAGAACAGUACCAAUGAAACAGAAUCAAACAGUGCCUCUAGGUACCAAACACCUGCCACUCCACCUGUAUCAAGAACUCGCAUGUUACCGUCCACACCAUUGUUACAUCGGAGCCUCCCUAGCCCUCCAGUAUUUAAAAGUGAACCCACUUCUUCAACUUCAUCUAGUCCCCCUGUUGUUCGGAAACUCCCCACACCUCCUUCUGCUGGCCAGCGGAUAAUGCCAAGCACUUCUGCCUUGCAGCAAGACCACACCCUCACCUACCCCUUCAAGGCACCAUCACCUCCCACUUCUCCAAAAGUGCUUCAAUGCACUCGAGGCAAUAGUAGUGAAGAAUCUACCUCGAGAAUAUUUAGCAAUGCUAGAUCAGUGUUUUGUCGUGACUCAUCAUCAUUAUUUGAGGCUCAGUCUGUUCCCACACCUAAGCCCCCUCAGGCAUGGGCCUGCACCGGUGUUCUACCUCGUCCCUGGGGUGAGCAUAGUAGGCUAGUGUCUGCACGAGGACCCCAGCAAUUAAUUCGCCGCAGCCAGUCAGACAGAAGGCCCAGUCUAAGACAGCCACCUAGGGCGCCAGUCCUCUCUGUGGCAGAAACAUGUGGGAGUGAGCCAGCAAUAAGCAACCAUCGGUUGGAAGAUGGUCCAAUCAGAGAAGACAAGCCAUGGAGUGAGCAAACAGAACUCUGGAGUGCAGUACGCUCUGCCUCACACCCAGACUUGUGCAUUGUGGGUCAUGGUUUACAGCGCGAAUGAGAGAAAUGAGGAAGGAGCAAGUUGGAUUAUGGAUUAGCAAACCUUUGGUGGGAUUAAAACCUUUGUAUUUUUCUUUCUGGGAAGUGAACAUAGCUAUUUCUCUUAAGACUUUUUGUAAACUUUAACUGAAUAGGCUAAUUUAAAAAAUGUGUGUGUGUGUGUGUGUGUGUGUGUGUGUGUUAUUUGAUUUGAUGUUAUAAUUUGUUAAAAAAAUGUUU